GGAGCUCGGGCGUUGCCUGAGACGGGCAGCAGGCGGCGCUGUCCGCCCGGGAUGGGCGGCGCCGUCGUCGUGGUUCUUUUCUCGCUCCGGCGGCGAAGAAUCGAAAGCGAAAGUUUCCUCCCCGCUCUCGGCCAAGCGCGCGCCAUGGCCGGACGGCUCUCUCCGCUCCGGGUGCGAGUCCGCUCGUCGGACAAGGUCGAGACGGUGAAAAUCAAGCUGGAGAAACACUUCCAGUCGGCGAAGGGAUCCGGGGGUGGCGAGUGCCGAGUGGAAGUUCAGGAUCGUGAGCUGGGCGUCUACGCGGUGUGGUUCCAGUCCGAGGAAGUGAAGAACCGUGUGAAGGCACAUAAACCCCAUUCCAUAGAGAUUGGAGGGAAGAUCCUAGACAUACAUAUCUUGGCAGAUUCUGAAACUGUGCUGGAUCAUGAGGCAAAGUCAUUUACAAACAGUGUCCUUCGUUCUACUGCAAAGUCAUCUUCUGCUUCAAGCACCUUGUCAUUUCAAAGUGAUCUUGAAAAGAGACAUGGAAAAUAUGCCAGUGAUCUCAAUAGUAUUACAAGAAAGAUCUUUGUUGAUGUAUCUGCCACUUUGAAUGUGGAUUUGCUUUCAAAAGAGCAAAGGGAUCGGGUGAUCACCAUGUGGCCUGCCAUAAAAAUAGACUCACGCUCAGAUUCACGUGGCAUAGAAAAAGUGUCAGGAGACUUUGGCGAUAUUCAAAAGUUACACUCUCAUUUUGAGAAGCUCCUCACAAGUUCUCAUUGCAAUGGCCGUGAAUUUUUGCCGCCUAAAAAGCAAGACAGUUUGGAAGAUAUGGAUGUGGAUAUGGAAGGCCCAAAAGAAGAAAGCCAGGAUGAUCUAGAUAAAGUGUAUAAUAUGGAAGUGCCUUCAGGGAUUCUUGAGUAUUUCCGCCAGGCCUGCAAGGAACAGAUUGAUGAACUAACACAGAAGUUUAAAGUAAUGUUUACUUUUAAGGAUCACGACAAUGGGAUGAGUUCUGUACGAUUUACUGCUCUUGGGACUCCAGACUCCAUUGAGAAAGCUCAGCAGACUUUUAUCACGGCUUUUCAGAAAGUAGCAACGUAUGUAAGACAGGAAAUUAUUCCUUUCACUGACAGCCUCCAUUUUGCCAAGGCACAGGAUCUCUUACGUGACCAGCAUAAAAGUCUCCUGGUUAAAACUGAUGGAAAUCGCUUAAUUCUCCGUGGCCCAGCAAAGGAGAUUUCAGCUGCUAAAAGUGUCAUAGAAAAAAUAAAAGCGGGGAACAUGGAUGAAAAAAAUGACACCCAGUUUUCAGAAAGUCACAUUGAAGUCGAUGCUCAUGUAUUUGAAUUCCUGAAACCAGAGUUAGAAAAACAUAUUCAAGCUAUAAACCAAAAAUAUGAGACUGUGAUGGUGAGCAAGCCCUGUCCGCAAAAUGAGAAACAACGCAUACUUUUUAAGCCCAAAAAGUCUGGAAGCGUGGAUGGGUCUUCUGAAGCUUACCAGGAUUUUGUCCACUUUUACCAGAAGGCUUUAGGACAAACCAGAGAAAAAGCCAUUACUCCAGAACUUUCGGAGACUCAGAAAAAAAUGCUGAAUGACAUUUUUUCACACUUACAAUCAGAGAAUCGUAAAGUAUUGCUGCAGAAAAAAGGAGAGACGGUCUUCAUACGUGGUGUGCCGGAGCAAGUAUGCAAAACUGAGAGAGACAUCAUGAGAUUCUUGCACACUUGCCCAGUGAAUCCUUCUGUAAAAGGUGUUGGGAUGCCCACAUACCCUUCCAGUGCUCCGUCUGCUUCAGGUGCAUCCUCUGAACAAAGCCUUGGUGGCAAAAUGCAUUCGCUUCCUUCCCAGGAGCAAUCAAGCGUAAAGGCAACAGCAGGUGAUCAAGAGGAGCAGUGCUCCAUCUGCAUGGACGAAUUCCAUGACAAAGAGGAACUGCCCAAAUGUAAGCAUGCAUUUUGUAGGGCGUGCCUUAAAGAGGCAAUGAAACAUAAGCCCGCCUGCCCCGUGUGCAACACGUUCUACGGGAAGAUACAAGGAAAUCAACCACCAGGGAAAAUGAAUGUCGACAAAACAAGACACUCACUUCCUGGCCAUCAUGGAUAUGGUACUAUCUGUAUUACCUACUCCAUAGCUGAUGGUGUUCAAACUGCUAACCAUCCAAAUCCUGGAAGAAGAUUCAGGGGAACCGUUAGGACAGCAUUUUUACCAGAUAACAAAGAAGGACGAGAAAUUUUAAGGCUGCUUCAACAGGCUUUUGACCAAAAAUUGAUCUUCACCGUGGGCCAGUCUCGUACUACGGGUGUAACGGAUGUGGUCACCUGGAAUGACAUUCACCACAAAACAUCCACCAUUGGAGGCCCAGAGAAUUUUGGCUACCCUGAUCCUGAUUAUCUGAAACGAGUUCGAGAAGAACUGAAGGCAAAAGGAAUUGAAUGAGUGUUCUUUUACCGGUCCAGAAUCUGUACCUGUCCAAUGACACAACACAUCAUAUUGCAUAUUGAUGAAAAUGUUCAAAACAUUAGAAGUAGUUUUUAUACAUUCUGCUUUUCCACUGCAAAACUUAGAACUGCAGAACGACACUGCUAUGCUUGCUCAACAACAGUGCUAUACUUAAGGGUGCAAAGGUGUGAUGGGAUCUUCUUACAACUGAACUAGUGGCUCAACAAACAUUAACUAGGACAGGGUGGGAGAGCCAUGGCUGUUCGAGAUGCUGUUGGACUCCAGAGUGGCCUAUAUUUGGGUGGUGAAAGUGAGAGUGUAAUUAAAUCUGGAGAGCUUCACUACUCACACAAAAUAACCCCUGCUGGUUUCAGCAGAAAUUAAUUUUCCAAAGUUUUGUUGAACUCAGCGGAGCUUCAUUCUAAACAAACUCAUAUGCGAUCAUGUAAGUGCUAGUGCUCUCUCCCAGCUUGGAAAAUAAAUCUGUAUUUCAGUUAAGUUUGUUGGUUUGCCAAAUUAGGCUCUCUAAUGCUUACUGACUCACAUAUGUAUUUCACUGGCUGUGCAAAUGCACAGUGAAAGGCAUCCUCAUGUCAGACUAUGAUCUUAUAGUUGGUUAUAAAUAAUUACAAAAUCCUAUCAUGUAUAUUUUAAUUUGGAUCAUAGUCUGGUACUCGUCUGGUGAGAGGAGUCUGGCAUAUCCAUGGCCUUGCUGGGACAGUAGUAAGAUGUGAUUCAUUUGGCCUGCCUAGUGUUUUCCCAUGCAUACAGUCCAGUUGUGUGAUAGUGGCAUUGGAAGGAACGACGUGGUCCUACCAAAUCUUAGGAGUUGUUCUUCCUUGUCAUACUUUCGUGACACAAAGGUCCAGCCAUGAAAAAAAUGUACGAAGGGUUGCUGUAGGUUAAUAGAAUAAUGCAGGUCAUAUGAUGGGAAAGACUUGACUUCAUAAAUAAUAUCACAUGUUACUAAAGAAUGGUUACUUCUGAACUCCAGUAUGGAUAAAGCCCAUAUAUACAUGGGCAUGUGACCUGGAAAUUCUGUGACAAGUUAGAGAUUGUCACCUAGCAACCUUCCAGAUGUAGUUGAAAUGCAGUUCCCAUUAUCGCUGGCUAGUAAAUGAUGGCAAGAAUGAUGGGAGUUGUACUCCAGCAUCUGGAAGGCCACGAAUCACCUCUACCACUUUUAUAUGGAGCUCUACACAUGAAUGGGAGUUGGGCAUAACCCCACCCUUCUACUUUUGAUGCAACUUCCACGGCAGUGAUUCCCAGUCUUGGAUCCCCAGAUGUUCGUAGGUUAUGUCUCCCAGAAAUUCUGGGAGUAGUGAAGUCUUCUGGGAAUUUUACUC